AUGAGUGUGCGGCAGCAGCAGCUUCUGCGGCAGCAGCGGCAGGGCCGCGCGGUUGCUGAGCAGCAGCAGCUGCAGCAGGGCGAGGGUCUGCUGCACCAUGCCGAGAUGGGUUUCCAGGCGCACAGCGCUCCCGCGGCGACGGCAACAGCAGCAGCAGCAGCAACUGCAGCAGCAGCAACAGUAGCAGCAGCAGAAUUUUCUUCGUUUGGGGCAUAUAUGCCAGAGGAGAGGUUUGCAGGCCCUCGCUGCUGGCGCUCAAUGAAAGCAGCUGCAGGAGCAGCAGAAGCAAGUUUCGAGGCAGAGUCCCCAUUGUGUCUCACUACGACCGCCCCAGCAGCAGCAGCAGCAGGAGCAGGAGCAGCAGCAGCAGCAGCAGCAGCAGCAGCCCCCCCCCGCAGUUUGCUGCAGAGCAAAAUAGGCAAAAUAAAUCUCAUUGAAUUCAAAAGCAUUCAUCUGUUGCUUGCAUGGAAGUGCGCCCAGCAGCAGCAGCAGCAACAGCAGCAGCAGGAGCAGCUGCAGCAGCAGCCGCAGGCGGAAGACCCCUGCUGCACCUACCCGCAGCAGACGGCAGCAGCGCAGAGCCACAGACCACCGGCAGCACCGCCUGGAGCCUUACAGAGAAGGUGUGGGGCGGCCGCUGAGGUUAGCAGCAGCAGCAGCAGCAAGAAGCCAGGGGAGGGCCUCUCUGUGGGUAGACCUUGUGGGCCCCCCCGGGGGUCCCCCAGGGGGGCCCCCAGGGAGGACCCCCGGGGGGCCCCCUGA